AUGCAACAAGCCGAUUCACGUUCUUCAUCCAGCUCGUCAGCAGCAGCCACUCCCAAUAACAACCAUGUCGACUCUGCUCAAAACAACACCAGUGAAGCGUCAAAAGCUGCACGACUAGCACUUGAAGGAGAGAUCAACGACAUUCUACAAGUUCUUUUCGAGUUGAGCGUUGUGGUCUUUGAUUUCCAACCUGAAGGCAACCAACUUGUACGGAACAAAAUCAACACCAUCAUUGAGCAUUACAGGAAGAUCGACGAGUUGAGGAAGGACAUUGAUACGCAUAUCCCAGAAGAAGUGAUCAACUUCGUUGAGCAUGGCAAGAACCCUGAUCUAUUCACGCAAGGCUUUGUGGAACGCACAGCAAGCGAGAACCAAUUCACAUAUGGCAAAGUGAAAGCUGUAAAUGAAUUCAGGAGUAUUCUAGCCGACGAGUUUGAGAAAUCCUUCCCUGAUUUAUAUGAUGCCAGCGACGACAUGUAG